AUGUUCACGUCCAUCCUUUCUCUUGGAUCGGGUUUGAGGGCUCACCUUCUUCGACUAUUCAGCCUGACGGCAAGUAAUCCAAUCAGCACUCCAACAACUCUGAGAGGUGAAGCAAAGUGCCGUUUUCGUCUAGAUACUGAUAGCUCGGACACCUUCACGCUCCUAGAUGGACGCAAACUAGGUUAUGCACAGUAUGGCUCGCUAACAGGACGGCCUAUCCUCUACCUCCAUGGUCUGCCAGGCUCUCGGCUGGAGGCAGCUACCUAUCACGACUUGGGCCUAGAGUUGGGCGCCCGUAUCGUUGCAACGGAUAGACCUGGGAUAGGCUGGAGCUCGCCGCAUCCUGGCCAGACACUCUUGGAUCUCCCAAAGGAUCUGGAGGAGCUUGCGAAGCAUCUGGCGUUGAGUGACUAUGCUAUAAUGGGAGUUUCAGGUGGUGGACCACACGCACUUGCUUGCGCAGCGUCAAUGUCCGAACAGCUCAAAUGUGUCUCCAUCAUCUGCGGCUUGGGACCACCUGACAUUGGCAUGAGCGGGGCGGGUUGGGAAAGCUGGCUCGGCUUCACGAUCGGAUGGCGCUACAGCCCAGCCAUUCUUCUACGCUGGUUCUUCAAUCGCCAUCUCUUAGCGGGCCGCUUGGACUUGACUGAUGAGAGACGAUUAAAGAUUCUACAAUCACCUUCAACACUUUCUACUAUAACGAAUGAGAAGGACCGUGAGCUUUUCAAGGAUGAAGACCUCAUGCGAUUGUGGCUCCGAUCGAACCGGGAGUCUCAGGCGCAGGGAUUCGAUGGCGUGUACAAGGAUGGCAGACUCAUGUGCAGCAUCUGGAAUUUUGGAAUAGAGGACAUACGUCCUAAUCUACCCGUGCGGCUGUGGUACGGAAAGCAUGAUACCUCCGUCCCACCCAAUCACGGAGUGCAGAUUGCUGCGCGGCUGGGCGGAGGCGAGAGAGUGCAUUUGAGAGUUGAGGACGAUACCCACGCAAGCAUCUCGAUAUACCGGAAGCGAGAACAGCUAGAGGAGAUUCUCCGAAUUGUAGAAAGAAGCUCGUAA